AUGAUCAAGGACUUCGAGACGCUCGCUACGAACCUCAUCAGGUCUGCGAAUGUGGAGUGGGUCGAGAGCCGCAUUGUUGAUACUCCGCCACCAAACGCUCAAAUCGAUGCUACCCCGCUCAGCGCCAUUUGGGACUCUUUCGGCUGGCCUGCAGAGGAUCGCAACGUCGAUUUGCUGACGAUACUUCAAGCUGAGGACAUCUUCAAUCUCCAAGGCGCAGACUCGCCGGAUCUUCUCAUGUGGCUGGCGUUGUUCUGUCACUACUUUCCUCUGCUGACGGAGUUGCGAUCGCAAGUGGAGCGUGAUCCGGUGCCAGGUGAGAUCACACAAUAUGAUUUCGAGCACUACCUGAUCGCAGGGAAUGAGGUACGGGAGUGGAACACAGGCGCUCUUAAGUGGGAACUUCCCUUGGUCAAGGUUGCUAUGCAGGGCUUCACUAUGCUCAUUCAGCAGCUGAAAUUGGCUGUAUCACAGUCUCCCACGCAUGGUAGUUAUUGA